CCUUCAUUGUGCCCUGUUCCCCUUAUAGACAGUGCUAAACUAAGCUAACUGUCAAUCCAGUCAACAGCAUCACGCCAGGGACACUCCAGGCUUUGUAGACUCCCCUUCCAAACACCUUUGCACUGCACAAUGGCUGUCCCUCCUUCAUACUCAGAUCUGGGCAAGGCUGCCAAGGAUAUAUUCAGCAAGGGCUAUGGCUUUGGUGUUGUGAAGCUGGAUCUCAAGACCAAAUCACAAAGUGGAGUGAUGGAGUUCAACACAUCUGGCUCCAGUAACACAGACACAGGGAAGGCCUCAGGGAGCCUGGAGACCAAAUACAAGAUGAAGGAGCUGGGCCUGAGCUUCAACCAGAAGUGGAACACAGAUAACACGCUGGCUACUGAAGUCACCGUGGAGGACCAGCUGGCUCAAGGGCUGAAGGUUGCCCUGGAUACGUCUUUUGUACCGAACACAGGUAAGAAGAGCGGCAAGCUGAAGACGGGCUACAAGCGCGACUUUGUGAACCUGGGCUGUGACGUUGACUUCGAGGGUCCCAUCAUCCACGCUGCUGCCGUGUUGGGCUAUGAGGGCUGGCUGGCUGGCUACCAGAUGGCCUUUGACACGGCCAAGUCCAAACUGGCCCAGAACAACUUUGCCCUCGGGUACCGGGCUGGGGACUUCCAGCUGCACACCAACGUGAACGAUGGGACCGAGUUUGGCGGCUCCAUCUACCAAAAGGUGAACGACGAGCUGGAGACGGCAGUCACUCUGGCCUGGACCGCCGGCAGUAACAACACUCGCUUCGGCAUCGCUGCCAAAUACAAGCUGGACAAAGACGCCUCUCUGUCUGCCAAAGUGAACAAUGCCAGUCUGAUUGGAGUAGGCUACACCCAGAGUCUUCGGCCAGGUGUUAAGGUCACCCUCUCAGCCCUGAUCGAUGGGAAGAACUUCAACGCCGGUGGACACAAAGUCGGCAUGGGCUUCGAGCUGGAGGCAUAAAGGGGAGAACUCAGACCCACCAACAAAGAAAAAAGCCCCUGAACCACAUCAGCACACUCCUCUGCCCUCCCCUCCCCCUCACACACAGUCAGUCACCAUCAUGUAGCGUCUUCUGGACUCCCCCCCCCACCUGGGUCACACAUUUCAUGAGCAUUUCUGACAGUAAUAGUCGAGUCUCAGCAUCAUGCUUAAACACCCUGAGAGGAGUCGCAAGGUUGUGUGUUGAUCCUGAAACUGACGACGCGUAGUUGUGGAUUAUUACCGUUUUUAUGGUCAUUGAAGUGACACUAUUUAUUUCCCUGUAGCUCUCGGAUGACGUAGUCGUUGGUGUAAAUGUGUAGCUCUUUAAAGCUUCUGUAUUCAGCUGUUCCUGCCUUCCUAAAAGCAUGUGAGAAUGGAAACGUGGAUGCAGAGCUGAAGGCCCGUUUGCUUGGUUAAAAAUGGUGCUGAGUGUCUGUUUUCUCUUUUUGUUUUGUAUUGGUUUGAAAAUGUUUGGCUGUGUUGUUGCAAUCUGUGGACUGUUUAAUCCAUAUUAAUGUUUUCAUACAACACAUUUCAUGACUUAUUGAAGCACUGGUGGUUGAAGCUGAGAGAGAAACUCUGACUGAAUUGACUGAAUGAAUGAAGGAUAUUUAAAACCGUUAGCGUUGCUUUCCAGGAACAAUGAAAGUCUCAGUACAGAUGCUCUUGAAUGAUCUUUUAAUGCUUUGUGACUUCUCAUUUUGGUAGGUGAAAUCAGUGUAGUGGAAUCUUCUGGUAUUUUAUGUAGUUAGUUUGCAUUUCUACAAUAUUGUUUUCAUCUAUCUGUCUCAGCACGGCGGUCACAAAGAAACGAAGAAUAUUGUGCAUCUGCUUGUUCGUCUCGUAGGUAUCUCGGCUGUUCAGUGGCUCCGGGCGUCUUAACUUGACGGCCAGCUGUUUCCUCAUGUUGCUCGGUGACUGCACUCAUUGCUGUCAGUGCUCUCUUCUCAAAACCAACCUACACUCCUCAGAUCUGUACAUGAAAUACAGUUGAUUGUCCUGAGUGAUUGCAGUCAAAACACUUCAUAGGAUUAUGUAAGAGGUUGUCGUGUCCCACAUGGCUGUUCCGUUCCGUUACGUUUUUUUUUUUUUUUUUUUUGGUAAUCAUGCGGCAAAAUGUGUUUUUUCCAUCAAAUUUUGUUGUCAUGAUUACAAGGCUCAUUUUUCUUUGUCACUUAGACACAGUACCUCAUUUUUUCCAAUGUCAAUUAAGGGAGUUC